UCAGUCCAGUCAGCUGGAGAGGCUCCGGGACGGAUGUGUUUACACUCUCCCUCAUUUAGAGCUCCAGCGUGCUGCAGGACGCGGUAGUAUCGUGGGGGGCAGAGUGAUUGGGGGCUUGUGCACAAUCUCCCGUGACCAAUGAGCGGGGUGCUGUCAGGGGUAACCACAUCUGUCAGCCACUCUCGGCCAAUAAAGAGAGGAGCGAGGCGGACCACAGGUGCGCGCCGCUGCGUCCCCUUGGCACGGCGCCCCGGAGAUGCUGGAGAGAGACGCGCGGCUGCCCUGUGGCGCGCACCUCUUCCCGUCCGCGGCAGCCUCCUUCUGACCGCGGCGAUGGCCACCGCCACGUCGAACCACUUCGGCGUCCACGGCGCCGCCGGCAGCGCGCCGCAGCCUCCACCGCCGCCGCCGCAUACGGAAUCCGGCAGCAUGCAGCAGCAGCAGCAGCAGCAGCAGCAAAAUCACGCGUACAGGGACGCGCACGCCCUCCUCCAGAGCGACGUAUACGGCGGCUUGGCGGGCGGCGCGCACCCGCUCAGCCACGCGCACCAGUGGAUCGCGGCGCUGUCUCACGGGGACGGCGGGGCGACGUGGCCCCCCAGCCCCCUCGGCGAGCAGGACGUCAAGCCAGUGCUCCAGGACGCCGACCGCGAGGACUCCGGCGGCGGCGACGCGCAUCACGACGCCAGAGCAUGGCGCACCGGCAGCGCCGCCUCCACGCACAUCCCCGCCAUGGCGACGUCUGAAGGCCAGGGGCUGCUCUACGCCCAGUCCGGCUUCGGCAUGAUGCCCGGCGGGGAGCAAGGGGGCAUGCACCACCACGCACACCCGCACCACCACCACCCCCUGCGGGACGACGAGCAUCACAGCCACAGCCCGCACCUCAGCGAGCACGGGGGCGGGCCGGGGAGCCACCAGCCGCCGCCGCCGCCGCACGGGGGCCACCAGGACCACUCCGACGAGGACACGCCGACCUCGGACGAGCUGGAGCAGUUUGCCAAGCAGUUCAAGCAGCGGCGCAUCAAGCUGGGCUUCACCCAGGCGGACGUGGGCUUGGCCCUGGGGACCCUCUACGGGAACGUCUUUUCGCAGACCACCAUCUGCCGCUUCGAGGCGCUGCAGCUGAGCUUCAAGAACAUGUGCAAGCUGAAGCCGCUGCUGAACAAGUGGCUGGAGGAGGCCGACUCCACUUCGGGUAGCCCCACCAGCCUGGACAAGAUCGCCGCGCAGGGCCGCAAGAGGAAAAAGAGGACCUCCAUCGAUGUGGGCGUCAAGGGGGCCCUGGAGAGCCACUUCCUCAAGUGUCCCAAGCCCGGCGCGGCAGAGAUCAACUCGCUGGCGGACAGCCUGCAGCUGGAGAAGGAGGUGGUGCGGGUCUGGUUCUGCAACAGGAGGCAGAAGGAGAAGAGGAUGACGCCCGCUGGGGGGCAACUCGCAGGGGGGGAGGACAUGUACGGGGACAGCCCCCCUCACCACGGAGCACAUACCCCCGUGCAGUGACCACCAGUCCCCACCCACCCUGGACCUCGGCAACCAUUGCAAAAACCACAUGGGAUUUACCCCAAGCAGGCACUGGUGGAGCUUCUCCACGCUGCGGAACUCGCGGCGACUAUUAUGGGAUGUAUUCGGGAUUAUGGCUGCUGUGGGGCCGACGAGAAAAACACGUUUUGGGUUGGUUUUUUUUGUUUGUUUGCUUGUUUGUUUUUUGCUCCCUCCCGUGUCCGUGUCUGCGUGUGUGCACAGGUGCAGGCAAAGUGCGUCAUUUGUGCCAAAUGCUGUGAAAUGGGGACGGGGAGUCUUCGUGUGCAUGAACCGCAGUGAGUGAGUGGGGAGGAAGGGUGAGGGGGGUGGGGGGUAAAAACACGCCAUUUUUCCGUGGAACAAUAGCAACAGGGGUUCCACGCCGACAGAAAUGUGACAUUUCAAGCCAGCAAAAAACACGAUCAUCGAUAUUGUUGAUAUUCUGAUUAUUGGGCAGGUCUCAUAUUCUUAUCGGUGGUGACAUUAUUCCUCUUCUUAAAUUAUCACCAAUAUUAUUUAGAGGUCAAAUUAGUUAAACAAUUGAAUUCAAGUGCUUUGAAAAUAAAUAUGAAAAUCAUUUUUGCUAUUUACAGCAUAUUUGUACAAAAAUACAAUCUUUAUAAAAAAAAUCAUUUAAUAAUAAUAAUAAUAAUAAUAAUUGAGAGCUAUUAUUGCUUCACUUUAGAGCUUUUUCUGUGCAGUGUGUUUUUGCCGUUUGUUAUUUCAAUACUUUUCCAGGAAUAAAAAAAAAAAAUCCAAUUUUGCCUUCCUCUCCCAUGAAGAUGGAGGACAUUAACUUUAAAAAAAAAUACAACAGAUGACAUUAAUAAAAAAAAAAAAAAGAGAAAAAAAAAAGAAGGAAAUGUGUCCGCCUGGUAUACCAUGAAAGACUCAUACAUUCACCCAGACUAUUUGUGGGAUGUAACUCAGCUUUUUUCCUUUUCUUUUCUUUUGUAUACGCAUUGUUUUUGUAUGUUACUCUUGUCAGUUUGUGCCAACACACACACACACACACACACACACACACACACUUUCUUGUGCUACUGUGACCAAUAAUCUUAUCUGAUGAGGUUAUAUGAAAACUGGGUGAGGCUUCAUUCUCCUGCUAAAGAUGUGGAGGAAACCAGAAACUCAAAUGCAGCCUGAGGACGUGGAUGAUAUACUGUGACAAUUUCAAGUGUUUUCAUUUGAAAUGUGCACCACAAAAUAUGCACAACGUGCUCUCUGAAUGUAAAAUGACUAAAUACUUACAGGAAUGUUUUAUAUGAAUAUUAUUCAUGAUGAUAAUAAUGCCCCCCCCCCCCCCCCCCCCCACACACACACACACACACACACACACACACACACAACAGGCCCAGCUGAAUUUGAGUUUCUCUGUGGGUAAACGAAUACAAAACCAAAACAAAAAACACUUUCGACCUGAAAUCUGUGACAAGGAAAACAAAUCAACGAUUGCACAAUUUCUAUACAUGCUUUUUUGUCAUUAAAUGCUAUUUGUUUUGUAUGACACUUCAGUAUUUGUAUGAUUAUUAACAACCUGAAGGGAAAACUGCUGCUGAUUGAUGUAUGUUUUAAAAUGUUGUAUUAUAAUGAACACUUUUCGGGGAACCCUCUUUUAAUUUAGAUUAUUAUGGAAAAUAUUGAUAUUCUAAUUAGCGUGUGGUUGGUUGUGAAGAAAUACGGAUUUAUUUUUACUUCUAAAAUAAAUAAAUAAAAUACUAAUACGAAAGGAAAAUAAGGAUGACAAACAAAUAGUAAAGAUUUGAAAUGGUUAUAAUAAACACUUAUUUGUAUCUUUUUUUUUUUUAAGCUCAAAAAAUCUAAUUCUGGUGACCUCGAUGACGCGUUUGAUGAAGUGUGGCGGCAAGUGGCAUCUAAAGUAAAUGAAGAUAUUUAAACAUGUUUAAAAUCAGUUAAGUGACAAAAUGUUGGAAGUUGGCCAACCAGAAGCGCACCUUGUAGGGUUAUAACAUUGCGUCAUAGUUCAAAGGCAGUGCUACGCACAGUCAGCGGGAGAAGAGAGGCAUCUGGCGGAUAAAAGUGGUACUACAACUGUCGUGUUGUCCCCAUACUUGGUUUUAAAUGACAUGACGUCAUUCUCUAUGUGCACAAAAAAAAUGUGUUUGACUGCCACAGAAACAAAAAAUAUAUAGGAUCUACUAAUAAGAAGUACAUCAUAUGAAAAAAGUACUUCAAUACCAUAUUUAUUAUAUAGUUUUAGUUUGUAAUCUGUGGCUGGAAGUGCAUUGAAGUACGAGUCUUUUUGAGAACACGAUCAAGAGUAAAAUAUCCCACUUACAUUUAAUGAUUUAUGUCUACAUACAUUCAUAACAAUACAUCAUGUUUCCUUAUGUACACUUGAUGCACACACACACACACACAGGAUAUGAUGUAAUAUGGCUAUAGUCUGUGACCUCAUAUUGCUCCAGGGACGUCCACCUGUUGAUUUAAAGUACUAAAAGGGAAGUUAGACUUUUUGGGAUGAAACACUGAUGCAAAGCGAUAAAGGACGUAAUAAAGCAUGGAUAAUAUUGCACUUUUCGACAAUGUAGUUUAAAAAACAAUAAUACUAUAAUAGAGCAAGUGAAGCAAUACAACAAAAAUAACUGCAUGCUGGCACUAAACAACAAAUAUAAAAAUACAUAUUGGAAAAAUAAUCAUAAUAAAUAACCUCAAUAUGAUUAAAUCGAACAUACAGAAUAUAAAUAAAAUAUAAAACAAUUCCCCCACACAUAAGGCCAAAUGUGAAUAAUGCUGGCACAAGGCAAUAAGAAGCCUGACCUAUGAAACCAUAAAAAUAAAAAAAGAGAAAAAUAUAGGACACCUCAUUAAUGUUGUUCCCGUUAACGCUCAUUUGGCUGCAGUCAUGUCACAUUCACAUGCAUUAAAGAGCUUUCAUUUGUUAACUGGAGGGGGAAAUUGUGAGAAAAAAAACACAAUAUGUUUUGAGGGGAUGAAUGGACAGCACGUUAAGUGUCGCUGUCCAUGAAACCUGAACAGAAUUACCUUCAACAAGGUAGUUCAUUGACCUCUGACCUUUGCUUUACGCUACACGUGCGUCUGCUGAACGACAAACGCGCACAACAAGCAGCCUGUUUGUGUGAGAAGGGGGAUAAGGGCGGGGCCUAAAACAGCAGCAAAAUAGCUAUUAAAUCCAUCCAUCCAUCCAUCAUCUUCUGCUUAUCCGAAGUCGGGUCGCGGGGGCAACAGCCUAAGCAGGGAAACCC